AUGGUGAUUUGUCAUAUCUUGCUGCUAUACAGCUAUACAUCAUCACCAUUUCCUCUGAGUUAUCCUAUAAUAGCUCCUUAUUGGGCUGAUGUUGAUACACGUGGUACUGGGUCUGUCUAUUACAGAGAAACAUCUAGUGCAUCAAUUAUAUCAACAGUAGCAAGUCAUGUGUCUAAUGCUUUUCCAUCUCAGUCACCAUUCUAUGCCACUAGUGUUGUCAUUGCUACAUGGUAUAGGGUUGGUUACUAUAAUCGACAUACUGACAAAGUGGAGGUUUCUAAUGGCUUUGGAGGGACACCAGCACAAGUAGGAUUUAAUGCUGGAGAUAACACAAACUACUAUGCAGUUCCUGGAUCAGAAACAUCUAGUAUUGUAAACAUAGAAACUACCAGUAAUGUUGGGGUAGCUGGAAUGUGGGUUUUCAAGUGA